AUGGCGGGCGCCUCCGACCCCCUGGAAGAUAUGCUCUUUUCAGAGGUGGACGAGAAAGCUGUGAGCGACCUGGUGGGCUCGCUGGAGUCGCAGCUCACCGGCCAAACAACCCCCGCGGCCAAGACGGACGAGAACGGAGGCGCUGGCUCCGAGACCCCCGCUAACCAUCUCUUAGGAAAACCGCUACCAGCUCCAGUGGGCACCACAACACUGGAACAACAACAACAAGGACGGCGUAAUAAACCCGAGAUGCGCCCGGAGAUCAACUCCAAAGACGGGAGCCCGGAUAAAAGUGUCACAGCCGCUUCUCUGGGCUGCUCCCCGUCUGUCGGCGAGUCCUCCGCCACCAACUCAUCGGCUGCCUGUGUGAGCGCAGCGGGCAGCGGCAGCAGCAGCGGCGGCGGCGGCUCGCAAUCACAUGGAGCAUCCAUCACAACACUGACGGCUCCUGGCGUGUCAACUUUGGCGUCUCCGCCCGCCAGCAUCAGCACCGCCACCGCCACCAGCCGCGCCUCCAAGGGCUCCCCAGGCGCAGGUGAGCCGUCGAUGGAAACCAGCCCGGGGAGAAAACGCUUCACCACGCCGCGGAGGAGCGCCGCGGCUCGGAUAAAGAGUUUUAACGGCGCCGCUGUGACGACGAGGAGGAACAGCAACACGGUGGGUGGAGAGACCGUCAGCCCGGUGGAUUCAAGCCCACCAAACUCCUCCACUCGGCCGCCGACAGCCGCUAUCAACACUUCCACUUUCACGGUGUGUAACGCCAGCCUGCCCGAGGGUCAGUCUGCUAUAGCUCUGGACCGGGGGACUCCCACCAUCGCUCUGCACAGACUCCCCAGUCACAUCGUGGCCAGUAUCGCUCAGAACGGAAACGGGACCAGUGUCUCGGCCUUGGUCCAGCAGGGCGCCCGCAUAGGAGCCGCCACCUGCUCAGCUGCACAGGAGAACCACAGCAAAACCACCACAGACACUGGGGCUUCCAAAACAGACGAGUGUCAGUCCAAAAUUGUAAUGUCAAGCCAGACUGUCAGUGUCAACUCUGUAAUAAACUCUGUUUCCUCUGCACCUUCUGUUGUCACACCACCACCACCACCACCACCACCAACAACAACCACCACCACCACCACAGCAGCAGCAGAUACAACAACCACAACAGUAACUCAGCCUCUGAGCUCUGCCAAGGCCCCUGCCUGUGUCACAGGGGUGGCAACCAGUUCUGCAUGUGGCACUGGUCAGACUACAUCAGUGACCACCACCACCACCACCACUGUUUGCAUGGUUAGACCCACUGCCCCCUCGCCUACACCUGCUGUGGCCACCUCCGCACAGCCUCAACCCCGUCCUGGACUCACAGCACCCCAGAGGAUGGUAGCCCCCCAGCUGAUUGUCAGACCACCUCAGCAGCAGACGACCAUUCAGCUGCCCCCCGGGUUUACCAUCCCACAGGGAAUGGUGUUGGUGCGCACAGAGCUGGGCCAGCUGGUCAUGGUUCCUCAGCAGGCUUUGGCUCAAGCUCAGGCUCAAGCUCAGGCCCAGGCCCAGAACAACAUCUCUCCUCGACCUGCGACCCCCACCACGGGAACAUCCUUCAGAGUCACGACUCCACAGAAGGGCCCCGUGGCACCGGCCAUUGCUGUGACGGCUCCGCAGCAGACCCCCGUGGUUAUGGCCCCCCAGGCCCCGGCCCAGGCUGCCUCUCAGCCAGUGCAGCCUCCACAGACGGGCAUCGCAGCAGCCCCCGGAGCUUCUGUCGUGUCCCAGGAAAUGCAAGAGAACGUAAAGAAGUGUAAGAAUUUCCUGGCCACACUAAUCAAACUGGCGUCGCACAACUCUCCGUCCCCUGAGACUUCCAAGAACGUCAAGUCUCUGGUUCAGGACCUGCUGGACGCUAAGAUUGAACCAGAAGAAUUCACCAGCCGGCUGCAGACGGAGCUCAAGUCGUCUCCGCAGCCGUACCUGGUGCCAUUUCUCAAGAAGAGCCUCCCGGCCUUGAGGCUGUCUCUGCUGAAUAGUCAGCAGUCCAUGACCCAGCCCUUGCAGCAGGGAGUCAAACCAGCACCCUGUGGCGUCCCUCCUGCCAUUGUGAGUGGGCCAGCUGUCCGCAUACGCCACCCCAACAGCGUCAGCACCACCACGGGUGCCAGCGCGCUGCCCGCCGGGACGCUCGGACAUGCAGCUGCCAUGGGGAUCAAGACAGCGGGCGCUGUCGGUGGCCAGGUGCGGAUGCCUGUGGUGAUCACACAGUCUGUCAGAGCACAAGGCACAAUGGGGAAGGGAGUCGUCAUCCAAGCGGGGAAAAGUCCCAUGGGCUUGGCCGUUCAGAUCUCUGGGAAUCAGAAAAACAAGCUCAACGACCCCGGAGGAGGCUCUUUCAGGGAUGAUGAUGACAUCAAUGAUGUGGCGUCCAUGGCCGGGGUGAACCUGAACGAGGAGAGCGCUAGAAUACUCGCCACCAACUCGGAGCUAGUGGGAACUAAGAUCCGCUCAUGUAAAGACGAGGCCUUUCUCCAUCCGGGACUGCUGCACCGACGAAUACUGGAAACAGCUAAGAAGUUCGGAGUCACAGAGGUCCCCAUGGAGGCAGUGACAUUCAUCUCGCACGCCACACAGUCGCGACUUCGCACCGUGGUAGAAAAAGUUUCGACGAUCGCACAGCACCGACUGGACUCCUGUAAGGAUGAUGAGUGCUACGAGCAGUCUGCAGACGUUCGCUCUCAGCUCCGCUUCUUCGAGCAGCUGGAGAGAAUCGAGAAGCAGAGGAAGGACGAGCAGGAAAGAGAGAUCCUGUUGAAAGCCGCUAAAAGUCGCUCCAGGCAAGAGGACCCAGAGCAAGCUCGACUGAAACAGAAAGCUAAGGAGAUGCAACAACAGGAGCUGGCACAGAUGAGGCAGCGAGAUGCCAACCUUACAGCACUAGCUGCCAUCGGACCCCGCAAAAAGCGCAAGGUGGAUUCACCAGGAGCCACGCCAUCAGGGACUGAGGUAUCAGGCAGCACGGCGGGAUCCCCGGCCAGCUCCUCCGCCCCGUCCACCUCAUCACGUCAACGGCAACGCAUCACUCGCGUCAACCUCAGGGACUUAAUUUUCUACAUGGAGCAGGAGAGAGAGACCGCCCACUCCCUCCUCCUUUACCGUGCUCUGCUCAAGUAGCCUCUACUCCGCUUGGCACCCACCUCAACCUCCGCCUCCUCCUUUCCCAGCCACGUGCCUUCAGAUCAGGUCUAAUGUUACAGCUCUGUGUCUCCAUAUGUACUGUAGUGAUGUUUGAUGUAGCGUUUAAUAAGAAAGAAGAGAGAGAGACAAAAAAACAUACAAAAAUAAAACAGUUGUUCUGUGUCUUCUCUGUUUAGCCUCACGUUGUGUAGUUAGAUCAUUCAGUUUUAAGACCAUAUCAAAUUCUUUGUGUUGAAGGAUUUGUUAGAGGGACAAUGUUUUUGUGUCUCAGGACUAGACACAAAACUUGUUCCACGUAUGUUGGGUAUUUAUUCGACGUCACCGGCAGUAACUUCAAUGAUCCACCUCAAAGGAAGGAUUCUUUUGGAGAAGAGAAUUACAGUUUGUUAGCACCUCGAUACAGCCUACGAUAUUCUCCACGAGCUAUUUGUUGAACAUAUGUUGUUCAAUGAAUGUAGUUCAGCUGAAAUCAAUAAAUGAGCCUUUUCCAGAUUUUCUGCACCGAGACAUCAUUUUCAAACAUUAAGAUUCCAAAUAACAGCAUCGCGAUCAAGUUCUUUACGUGUAAAUAGUUCUUUUUGAAUUAUUAUACGGCAUGUAUAAUUUUAACACAUGUAAGCUUUGUAAGAAAAAGGAAUAACCCAUGUGUCAGUAGUAUGACAUCUGAUGUUUUGUAAAACCAUGUGCUUUGAUUGAAUCACAUUUAGAAAGUUCACUCAGUUCACCUGUUGUGUAUGUGCUAUAGACAGAGUCCAGCAGCCCCUUACACAAAGGUCAUUAAACAGAGCCACAGUCUGCACUAUGACACCUGUUUGAGGUGUGUUUUGGUUCAGAGAGGUUUAUAUUGCAAGUGUGGUCCUGAAACUUUGAAUCAAAACAGACAUUUCUUUAUCUUUCCCUCUCACAGUUGGAAAAAAGAUGAGUAAUUCUCAUGGGGAGUAUUCAGGCCAUAUUGAAAAAACACUAUUUGGAGAUUUGGAAAAUAAUGUCGCAGUAUUACGAGAAUAAAGAAAAAAGAGGCAGCUUCCUUCAAGACCAUGUGAUUCUUUCUUCGGAAUAGACCCAGUUUCUUUUUCAAUUGUUUCAAAGUCCUGAUUCUUAUGAUAAUGUGGUCCUGAUGAGCCAAAAGAACUUUGUUGUUUUGUUAUUUGUGAAACUAAUGUAUAACUUAACAAGAUGCUGUCCUCAUUUUAAAGCCAGUAAUGGGCUGAUCUUCUGAUAUUUCCCCUGUAAAAUAUCACACAGCCUGAAACAAUGGCUUUAUUCUUGAAAUAUUACGACUUUAUUCUCAAAAACUCUGAUUAUUUUCCCCUUUAAAUGGCCCUCAUGCUCUUGAGUUCUCUUUAACUUUAAUAAUGACUGAAUGACAAAGCUAGAUCAUUAAGAAUUGUAGUGCACAGGCUUUACACUCAUUUGUAUUUUGAUGCAAAGUUAAAUAUCACAGUUGUAAAGUAACGUGUAACUGGAAAAAUGCAGUUAUAUGACUCCAGUCUAAAACUGAUUUAUGUGUUUCCCAUUUCUCUCUCUCUUUGUAUCACUGAUGGAAGAGAGGAGUAAUGCCUGCUUUUUACAUGUUGUCUUGCAUUGUCACCUUGUUCAUUAUUUUUCACAAUCCUUAUUGUGUUAUGUAAAAUUGUCCAGUAUGUUUCUGUUUGUUUCUAUUUAACUAAAUAUCUCGGCCUCUAUGCAGCUUUUCUUGUCAUAUUGAAAUUUAUUUAAAUAUGGUCGACAAUUGUUGUGCAAUGUACAUUUUGACAGCACUUUUUUUUAUACCUAUUUUACCUGACAACUGAAAGCUGUCACUGUAUCAUAGCAAAGAAAUGACUGAUAAAGGAAAAACAGUAUUGCCAGUUUCUGUCUAAAGACACUUAUUUUUUAACAAUUAAUAUAUGAAUAUUUCUUGGUUUUCUUUUUUGUUUCUUUUUCUGGGAUUGGCUUAUAUUCUUAACACGUUUUCAUAAAUUUUAUCUCCAAUAUACCAUGUUUUAAAAGCAAGCACAACAAGGAUUGUCGAGAUUUGAAAUUAUUUUAAUAAUGGUUUCUAUGGUUUCUUGUGGUUUCACAGGAGGACAUUUCUACUACUACUACUACUACAGCUUUUUAGCCAAAAUAUUAGGACAAUAUUACUGAUGUAAUUAGACAGAGGAAAUAACAUUUCAUUAUAAGAAUGAUUUGUAAAUAUUGUUUACAAAACUGUGUUUAUUAGAACCACGUUAUUUUUGGUAAACUCUUGUACAUAUCUUGACGAUUUCCUGUUUGUGUGAA